AGAAAACCUGGACGUACCAAGUCAGGAGGUUCUGCCGACAGUUAACAAAACAAUUGCCAGUCAAUCACAAUCAAACGUUUUUAUUAAUAAAAAAGGGAAUGCAGAGGAGCCGAGCCCAAUGGCGAAUGAAAAUAAUGAAAACAAAGAAGUUGACGCAUUGACAAGCAGUGUCAACCGAUUCAUGCCAAGAGGCCGCAAUAGCGACGAUCUACCUUCCACCGAUGGUACGCACAACGUCCUGGGAGAGAUAAGGAUAAUAUCGGGAAGGUACAGUGGUUCGAAGAAUUCCCCAGCAACUUCCAAGCCUAAAAAAAAAAAAUCGUCUCCAAGGCUCCAAGUUGAGAAGAGUAGUACUGCAUCGGGUGAUAUCAUCAAGGGUAAUUCAACCGACUGUUGUCGACAGGGAACAACACAUGAGGACGUCUUGAAUGGGGAGGAACUUGUGCAAAACAAACUAGAUGAGUUGCCAUCGCUGGAGGAUGUCUCAGAGAAUGACGCAAUCAUUUCGAAGAACAAAGGAGCGGAUUUGGAGCCGAAGCAACAAGACGAAAAAUUCUCAGUUUCUAAGUCGAUGCCAAAAUCUGAAAAACGGAAAAGGAAAGAAAGAUUAGCGAGAAGGAAGAUAUUCAAACAAAUUUCACCCGAAAGAAACAAAAUUAAGUUAAUGUCGCAGUCCAAGAAUAAGGAACAGACGACAAACGUCAAAGAUAAGACUAGACAAGAAAGCGAUAAAGAAAGUCUCGUUUUGAUUAACACCGAAGAUUUGCUUCCAAAAGUUAUUCUGACCAAUAUCGGAAAAUAUACACAAAAACCAAAUAAAGACAUUGUGAUCGACUUGGAAUCAGAUGUAGAAAAUCUGGACGUACCGAGUCAGGCGGUUCUGCCAACAGUUAACAAAACAAAUGCAAGGGAAUUACAAUCGAAUGUUUCCGCUAUUAAAAAAGGAAAUACAGAGGGGCUGAGCCCAACGGCGAAUGAGGAAAAUGAAAAGAAAGAUGACAAUCUAUCUUCCUCCGACGGUACCCAUAACGUCUCGGGAGAGAUAAGGAUAAUAUCGGGAAGGUACAGCAGUUCAAAGAGUUCCCUGGCAACUUCCGUGCCUAACAAAAAAUUGUCUACGAGGCUCCAAGUUGAAAAGAGUAAUUCUGCGACUGGUGAUAUUGUAGAGGGUAAUUCAUGUGACCAUUAUGAGACGAUUCAGGGCAUUACACAAAAUCCCUCUGAUCUACAGCAAACCACAUGUGAGGACUUCCUCAACGGGGAAGAACUUGCCCAAAACAAACGAGACAAGUUGCUGUUGCUGGAGGGCAUCUUGGAUAAAGAGGCAACCAUUUUGAAAAAGAAAGGAGCGGAUUUGGAGCUGAAGCGGCAUGACGAAGAAUUCUCAGUUUCUAAUUCAUCGCCGAAAUCUAAAGAACAAAAAAGGGAAGGAAAAUCAGCGGGAAGGAAAAUAUUCAAACAAAUUUCACCCGAAAGAAACAAAAUUAAGUUAAUGUCACAGUGCAAGGAUAAGGAACAGACGAGAAAUGUCAAAGAUAUGACUAGACAAGAAAACGAUAAAGAAAAUCUUGUUUUAUUCAACACCGAAGAUUUGUUUCCAAAAGUUAUUUUGACCAAUAUCGGAAAAUAUGUGGAAAAACCAAAUAAAGGCAUUGUGAUCGACUUGGAGUCAGAGGUAGCAAAUUUGGAUGUACCGAGUCAGGAGGUUCUGCCAGCAGUUAACGAAGCAAUUGUGAGUGAAUCACAAUCCAAUGUUUCUGUUAUUAAAAAAGAAAACGCAGAGAAAGCAAGCCCAAUGGUGGAUGAAGAUAAUGAAAAGAAAGAGGAAGAAAUUGGUCUAAACAAAGAAGCUGAUGCCCGACCGGCAUUGACGCUGAUACCCGACCAACAUGAGAACUUGGAAUAUGCCAGGCAGUUAAGCGCGUCAACAGUUGAAAAUAACGCAGGAGAGAACAAUAAUGAUGAGUUCAUUCAAGACCGCGAAAGGGACUUUAACGAACUGAGAAAACAUCAUAAUCAGACCUAUCUGUCAACAACUUUGGGAGGCACCAAGAGACGGAAGUUAUACGACCCCAACGAUCUCACUUACCUGGAAAACAUAGAAUUAUUCAAGGAGAAGGAUAAGGAAACCCAUACAGUUGAGCCAUCUGCCAAACCACAGGAAAAGUCAAUUAGAAGAAAAGUUUUCAGAAAAAAAGAGGUCCACCAUAAACAACACAAAUCCAAAAAACUGAAGGUGGUACGCCCACACACCACCCUGAACGUCAGCAAACACCGUGACAACUCCAAGCUCAAGUUGACGUUCUGUGAAGUGUUGGAUUCGUUCAGGAAGGAAUCCAAAAGUAGCUUCUUAAACAUAUUGAAAAGUACUGCUGCUGGAAAGUCAGUUAAGGAGAAGAAGAAGGUCGUUAAGGCUUCGAAGAACAACUCUACAAAAGUCGCCAAAAAACUCAGGACGAAGCCUAAAAAUAUACUUAUAAGGAACGAAUGUGCGAGAGAUCACUCAGUUUCUGACAAUUCGUCCGCUAGUCUGAAACUAGUAGGGGAACACAAAUGUACUGACGAUGAGACCGAUUUGGAUUCCCUGUGCAGGGAAAAGGUACCAUAUAUUGAGCCGGACAAAAAAAUCAACAUCAUCUCUGAUAUACAACUCAGGCCAAAACGCACCUUACUUCAAAAUAAAUCUGAAGUACAGAACAAGAAAAUGAAGAACGAGAAUAAUCCCGCAUCUGAUAUCGAAGAUGAUUUUUGCAUAAUGUCCAAGCAUAUAUCUAAUAAUGAGAUCUGCAACUGGAUCGAGACAGGGAGUCCCAAUUAUAAUGCAGAUAUUAGUGAGAGAAGAACUGUUUUAAAAUACGUUUAUUUUAUGUCAAAGAAAGCUUUAGGAAAUCCUGAUGCGAGUCAAGAGUAUCAAGAUUUAUUAAACGUGUGUAGGUUAUUAAAAAAAUAUGUUUAAGUUGUAAUAAGACUGAUAAGAUUUGUUAAAAUUAAAAGAAUUUAU